AUGGCAGUCCGCACUUUCACCCAACCGUCGUCCCUUGAGGAUACACUUGAUAAGGCAUCAAAGAUGUCUGGCUCAGAAGGCAACGGCACCACCCGUUCGGCUGAGUCCGCGAAACAGAGUACCCAGUCUUACUCCUCAGAGGCACAAGCACCACUAGCAAGCCAUACCAACCCCAACUCAAGACCAGGCAUCACCUUCGCACACGAAGACAGUCUACCAAAGCUUCCUAUCCCAGAGCUCGACAGUUCGUGCAAGAAAUACAUUGCCGCGCUCAAACCCUUGCAGUCUCCGAAGGAACACAGCGAUACGGUUCACUCAGUAGAGGACUUCCUCAAGAGUGAUGGACCUGUGCUGCAGGAGAAGCUGAAGAAGUAUGCUUCUGGGAAGAACAACUACAUCGAGCAGUUCUGGUAUGAUUCAUAUCUGAACUUCGAUAACCCGGUGGUACUUAAUCUAAAUCCAUUCUUCUUACUGGAGGAUGAUCCCACCCCGGCUCGCAACAACCAAGUCACUCGCGCAGCCUCAUUAGUCGUCUCGGCACUGUCGUUUGUAAGAGCUGUCCGUCGCGAGGAACUACCGCCUGACACCAUCCGUGGUCAGCCACUGUGCAUGUACCAAUACUCAAGGCUGUUCGGUACUGCCAGGAUACCCACUGAGCAUGGAUGUCAGAUCGGUCAAGACCCAACUUCGAAGCACGUGGUCGUCAUGUGUUAUGGCCAGUUCUACUGGUUCGACGUUCUGGAUGACAACCACGAUCUGAUCAUGACGGAGAAGGACAUUGCUCUCAAUCUUCAAGUCAUUGUCGAUGACGCGCAGGAAGUACCAAUUCAAGAUGCGGCCAAAGGAGCUCUGGGUGUGCUGAGUACAGAGAACCGAAAGGUCUGGGCUGGUCUCCGUGACGUGCUGCACAGGGAAGAGGGCUCGAACAACUCUGACUGCCUCAACAUUGUUGAUUCAGCAUUAUUUAUCCUCUGCCUGGACUACACCGAGCCGCAGACGGGUGCCGACCUGUGCAUGAACAUGCUUUGCGGUACGAGUAAAAUUGAGCGCGGUGUCCAGGUGGGAACAUGCACAAACCGCUGGUAUGACAAGCUUCAGAUCAUCGUUUGCAAGAACGGAAGUGCGGGCAUCAACUUCGAGCAUACCGGUGUUGAUGGUCAUACUGUACUUCGAUUUGCUUCCGAUGUAUAUACCGACACCAUUCUCCGAUUCGCGCGAACUAUCAACGGCAGUGCGCCGAGUCUUUGGGCUUCAUCGAGUCCUGAUCCUGCCAAGCGCGAUCCAGACAGCUUUGGCGACGUACAGACAACUCCCCACAAGCUCGAAUGGGACAUGCUUCCUGAACUCAGCACAGCACUUCGUUUCGCCGAGACACGUCUGGCCGAUCUCAUUCAGCAGAAUGAGUUUGCGACUCUGGAGUUCCCGCACUAUGGCAAGAACUUCAUGACUUCGAUGGGUUUCUCACCCGAUGCUUUUGUUCAAAUGGCUUUCCAGGCAGCGUACUACGGUCUAUACGGACGGAUAGAAUGCGUAUACGAACCCGCUAUGACCAAGAUCUACUACCACGGACGUACGGAAGCCAUCCGCUCGGUAACAGAAGAAUCGGUUGACUUUCUCACGACGUUCUGGGGCGAGAACCCAGCAUCACAGAAGAUCGAAGCACUCCGAAAGGCGUGCCAGAAGCACACCGAAAACACAAAAAUAUGUUCCAAAGCCCAAGGUCCUGACCGACACCUCUACGCUUUGUACUGCAUCUGGCAGCGUGCCAUUGACGAGUCAAACGACACAGCGAGCAGUGACGGCUGGGACUCCACACGACCAUCCAGCGCCGACGCAUCAGGCGUAGGUUCACCGAACCGCAACUCAGUCCUCUCAGAGAACGACUCCAUAUCGAGUUCGCCACCCCCAGCACCAAUGCAGCACUCGAUGCCCGCCCUCUUCGCCGACAACGGCUGGGACAAGAUCAACCAAACCAUCCUCUCGACCUCCAACUGCGGCAACCCCUCACUCCGCCAAUUCGGUUUCGGUCCCACGUCCGCCGACGGCUUCGGCAUAGGCUACAUCAUAAAAGACGGCAGCAUAUCCAUCUGCGCGUCAUCCAAGCACCGCCAAACCUCGCGCUACAUCGACGCGCUGGAAUCCUACUUCUUGGAGAUCCGCAAACUCCUCCGCCAGAUCAAGCGCCGCGGUACUUCGGCUGAUAAAACCGCGACCCGCGCCCGCGAAGCGGAAGACAGACCCCUCGCCACCCGUCUCAAGAGCAGAGGCAGAAUCAUUCUAGGAGAUGGUGGAAAACAACAAACGCCUGCAGAGAGUAUAGUAGAUGACGAUGACGACGAUGGUCUCGGUGGAUAUGGCUUCUUCGAUGCGGGAAUGCUUCGUCAGGCACUCAAUGCGAAUCGAGCGCAGAACGAACCCGUCGAGCGCGACGUUAUACGCAGGAAUAUCGGGAGGAGGUUGAGGCUGGCUGAGUACUGA